UGUCGUUAGAACUUCACUGUGGUUUGCAACGCCUCCCUUUAGCUCAUUUAUGAGGUUAUGCAACCAGUGUUCCUAUAAAAAAAAAAAACAAGCUCAUUCAGGCUUCCGGAAGCAUCUGUCAGCUCAGCUACCUGGGAUCUUUCGUCCUCUCUGCACUCUGGACACUGGCUGCCACCGCCAUGAAAACUCAUUACUUUCUCCUGGUGAUAUUUUUUCUCUUCUCCCAGAUGGGGCCAGGUGCGGGUGUUCUCACAAGUCUUGGACGCAGAACGGACCAAUACCGAUGCCUCCAGCAUGGGGGCUUCUGUCUCCGCUCCAGUUGCCCUUCCCAUACCAGGCUACAGGGCACCUGUAAACCAGAUAAGCCCAACUGCUGUAGGAGUUGACAAUGAUUUGAAGAAUGAGCACAAAGACAAGUGGGGGAUAUACAAUUAGUGUUUUAAUAAAGGAGAUACUUUUGAAGCCUA